AUGGACUUCAGCAGCAGCAGUGGAAACGAUACGAUGCAAAAUGCUGGCAAUCAGGAAGUACUCAAAAUUGAAGUAUUUCAUGGUUCCGAUCGACAUGUACUUAUUUUACGUAGCGCAAAUAAUGUACGUAUAAUGGAUUUAAUGGAAGAGUUACAACGUAUAACAACUGUUCCAAUUCAUAAUCAAAAACUUUAUUUUCGUGGACAAGAAUUACAAAUAAUGAGAGAACGUUCAUUACGUGAUGUAGGCAUUGAUAAUAAUGCUCAAGUGAGAUUAAUUGGUGAUCCAAUAAAACCACGAUACGAAGCAAUGAUUACAGGACAUCGAGCUAAUUAA